UGAUACGCUACUGUCAAAACAUAAGAUAACUACAGGUUGAUUGAAGAUGAGAUAUCUGUGACUUAUCGGAGUUUUAGAGUCGGUUAUCAGGUUGUUAUUGGCGGACUGAAGAGCUGCUGGCUGUGCCGAGACAAUGGAAGAGGAGGAAGAAUUGGACUCUUUUAUCGAGCCGAGCUACGGAGAUCUGCCAAUGGAGAUAAUAUUGCAAAUCUUCGAUUAUUUGAACCCAUCCGAUAGGAAAGCUGCAUCAACUACAUGUCGUCGAUGGUACGAAGCAUUUAUCGAUCCAAAGUUCCAAGCCGAAUCCGUCCUGACGCUCUCCAAUGUUUAUCUGACGGAUAAUUCGCAACCUCUCUCCACAUUCUUAAAUUGUUCGGAUCGUCGUCCCUUCAUCAAUAUCGUCUUAAAGAAAGUAGAACUGGGAACGACUAGUGCAUUUUUCGAACAUAUCGGGCAAAACGUCGAGGAGUUGACUAUAGACACAAUGGACAUUAGCGAACACCAAGCGACAGCAAUUCUGAAAGCGAUGCGCAGAUUGAAAUGUCUGGCCAUCAAGCAAUCACCUGAGAUCUUUAUGAGCGGACAAUUUCUGAAGCCAGACAGUGACAAGAAAUUGUUAUCUUACACUUUCGAAAAUGUACAUUCGCUAGCAAUUGUAGAUAAUCGCUAUCUCACCGAUGCCAUAUUAUCUCGCAUAGUUGGGCUCAUCACUUUCCUGCGACGAUUAGAUUUGUCUGCAUCUCCGAUUGCAUUUCACAAGGCAGUUUGCCAUCGUUUCUAUCCCCGCGAUGACAUACAACCGAGUGAGUCAAUUCUGACCUUCCGAAUUGUGCGGCAAGUCAUUGAAAAAUAUCACGAAACAUUAACUGAACUGGACCUGAGUCAAACAUUAAUAGGUUCUGAGGCACUGGAGGCUUUGGCGAAAAUUGGUCCGACAUGGCGACUGAGAAAAUUAGAGCUGAGAUCAUGCUUGCAGCUAACCAUGAGCAGCCUAAUUGUCUUUCUAUCAACACAACCGGAAAUUGAGUUUUUGGAUUGUUCGUCUGUUAAUUUUGUAGCGGAAAACUGGGCAUCUAGGAUAGUAGAUCAGCUGCCACAUUUGCAAGUUCUGAAGCUGAGCAAUUGCAAAACUUUAACUGAUUCUGAUGUGGAGAAAAUGAAGAACUUGAAACUCCGUCAUUUGGAUAUUUCGUACUGUAGUAGUUUGACGAGUGCUGGCAUAAAGGAAGGAAUAGCCAAGGAGCGCAACGAGGUCCUAAAAGAGUUGAAUUUAAGCGGAUUGAACAUUAGUGAGUCGUGUAUAAUGCAGUGUAUUGAGAACUUUCCGAAUCUGAGUCUGCUGGAUAUUUCGAACUGUGUGACUGUUGUCACGGACGCUGUGGUGCAAAGUAUUACGAGAAAUUUGAUUUGGCUGCGUGAGUUGAAUUUGGAAAAUUGCAGCUUGAUUACCGACACCGGGAUAACUGGCAUUCAAUGCUCAACAUCAAAACCAGACGUUCCUGUUUCAAAUGUCUACGUGAAUCCUAGUCAAACUACAAAUGGGAUGAAAAUCAGCCUCCGUAGCAGAGCCGAAGAAGAAAUCAUAGCUGAUGCGAAUCGUAAGCGUGCACUGUUAGCAACAAUAGAAAAUGCAAAUUUGACCAUAACACAAAAUUCAGGCUAUUCCCUAUUACGAUUGAAAGGACUACGAUCAUUGAAUUUGGGCGGAUGCACCAAGAUCACGGAUAUUUCAUUGAAAUAUGGAUUGGCAUUUCGGGAGUUAUCCUCACUUUCCCUGUCUAAUUGUCAGCAAAUAUCGUUCAGCGGUAUCCAAGCGCUAUUGGAAAAUUGUCCGUCAAUCGAGAAUUUGUAUUUGUCCAACUGUUGUAAUAUAAACGAUCUUACCGUUGAACUGAUUGCAAUGAAAUUAAAACGUUUACACUUGAUUGAUAUUCGCGGCUGUCGUCAGUUGACGGAGAAUAAUAUAAAUGACAUUCACUUUCACUGUAGAACUCAGAAAGUGUAAAGUAAUUAGUAAGGUAUUUGUACAAAUGAUGCAUGUACAGUAUUCAAAGUAGUAGUGAAACACACGGUAAAGAUGUAAAUUAUGUUUUAUUAAGAAUAUAAAAAUGAUAAAUAUA